AUGGCGCUCCUCCAAACCUCACUGAUAUGGAUUGUGUAUGCAGUCGUGAUUGCAGUCCUACUGGCAGUAGCCUCAGUGUUCAUUUAUGUUUACCAAACCCCUCGAGAUCGCUCUCCAUCUGUAACUUUGACUUGCAUAAUUGCCAUUACCUGUCUUCUGGCAACUGUGCUUUUACUUCCUGUUGAUGUUGCACUCACAUCAUCAACCACGUCAUCUCGUCUGGGCCAGCGGAAGGACUGGGCCACUCAAGAUACUGUUGAUGACAUCACUUUCUCGCUGACAAUCAUCUACUACAUAUUGUACUCACUGGAUGCCUUGCUCUGUCUCCUGGUGAUCCCUUUCACUUACUUCUGGUAUGAAGAAUAUGAUGAGGUAGCCAGUGAGACAGGGGAACAAACACUGGGACAGCGGCUCUGGGGGUCUUUCAAAUACACCUUGUCAUUUAUUGCGAUUGUGGUAAUUCUAUUCCUGGUUGGAUUUUUUGUCCCCGUUUCCAACAAAGACAAGGUCGGUACGGACUUGGAUUACUUCAAGCGCCUGCUGACAGAGAACCAUGGCGAGCGUGCCUUGACAUUUGCCUUGGGUCUAUUGAUGACCCUCGGUAUUUGUCUUUAUGUCUUGUAUACCUCAGUGGGGCUUGCUCUGUUGCCUAUCAGUCUGAUCAAAACCGCCCCAUCAAUCUCUAGCCCCAACCUGCGCGCUUCUACAGCUCAUCAGCUAGAGGCAAAUCAAGAGCGACAGAGACAGCUUGAAGGGCGGUGUGGGGGAAACCCUGACCUUCUUUCGUCUAAAGAUCGCAGGGAACUCGAUACGCUCACACGAGAUGAGAGAACAUUGAUCCGGCGCCAACGUCUUUUUGAUGACACUCAGAGGGGAGGUCGGAGUUGGUUGAUGCGAGCAUGGUUCAAAAUUGAGGCAAUAUUUCGCCCUUUCAAAUUGCUAGGAGGCCUGCUACUCCUGUUGGUUGCGUUCAUCACAUGGGUUUCUAUGCUGUUGACAGCAAUCGACAAGGCAAAGAACUCAGUCUGUAAGCACCGCUGUGGAUAUAUUCUUGGGCAUAUCAAUGUCUUCAACCCGGUCAACUGGGCACUUGUUCGAUCCGCCAGAGUCUUUCCAGUUGAUUACGCCAUAUUUUCUGCUCUUGUACUUCUACUGUUCUGCAGCUCGGUUGCUGGUAUUGCUGUGGUCGGAAUUCGCUUCCUUUGGAUUCGAAUCUUCCAAAUUCGAAAAGGCCACACUUCGCCUCAAGCUCUCCUAUUAGCGACUGCGAUGUUGAUGCUCAUCAUCCUGGCACUUAACUAUUCUAUUUCCAUGGUCGUUGCUCCACAAUAUGCCACUUUCGGGCCGCAAACUUUCUGUGACCGGGCUACGGUAGGACGGUUGGAGCAGCCGGAUUGCUCUAAUCACAAAGAUCUCAUCAAGCCAUGUUCUGAACUAGCAGAAAAUCCCGCCGCGCAGAGAGUGUGUACCCCAAGUGUUGUGAGCACUUUUCUCAACCGUAUCACUCUCAACUUCCCCUUCUUUGGAGUUGUGUUCUUUUGGGCCCAGUUCUUCUUUCUUGGUCUAUAUCUUAUCGUCUUUGUCACGUCCCUCUUCCGAUCACCAAAGUUGGACGAGAGACAACUUGACGAAGACGCCGAGGAGGCUGAGGAAGAAGGUCUCAUUGCUAACACAGGAAGACGCUUCAAUGCAACCUGGCAAGAUAUUACCGGUCGAGCUGACCGCAACAGCAGUGGAGAUUAA